AUGGCGCGACACCAAACCACCGCCCCUCCCCUGAAGGGUGCGGUACGAAAUCGUCGACGCCCGUUCAUGGCGCGAAACCAAACCACCGUCCCUCCCCUGCAGGGUGCGGUACGAAACCGUCGACGCCCGUUCAUGGCGCGACACCAAAUCACCGCCCCUCCCGUGCAGGGUGCGGUACAAAACCAUCGACGCCCGUUAAUGGCGCGAAACCAAACCACCGCCCUUCCUCGGAAGGGUGCGUACAAAACCGUCGAUGCCCGUUAUAGCGCGACACCAAACCACCGCCCCUCCCCUGCAGGUUGCGGUACAAAACCGUCGACGCCCGUUAUAGCGCGACACCAAACCACCGCCGCUCCCCUGCAGGUUGCGGUACAAAACCGUCGACGCCUGCUGAUGGCGCGACACCAAACCACCGCCGCUCCCCUGCAGGGUGUGGUACCAAACCGUCGACGCCCGAUCAUGGCGCGACACCAAACAACCGCCGCUCCCGUGCAGGGUGCGGUACAAAACCGUCGACGCCCGUUAAUGGUGCGACACCAAACCACCGACCCUCCCGUGCAGGGUGCGGUACAAAACCGUCGACGCCCGUUCAUGGCGCGACACCAAACCACCGCCGCUCCCCUGCAGGUUGCGGUACAAAACCGUCGACGCCCGUUAAUGGCGAGACACCAAAACACAGCCGCUCCCCUGCAGGGUGCGGUACAAAACGGUCGACGCCCGUUCAUGGCGCGACACCAAACCACCGCCGCUCCUCUGCAGGGUGCAGUACAAAACCGUCGACGACCGUUAAUGGCGAGACACCAAACCACUGCCGCUCCCCUGCAGGGGUGCGGUACAAAACCGUUGACGCCCGUUCAUGGUGCGACACCAAACCACCGCCGCUCCCCUGCAGGGUGCGGUGCAAAACCGUCGACGUCUGCUGAUGGCGAGACACCAAACCACCGCCCCUCCAGUGCAGGAUGCGGUACAAAACCGUCGACGCCUGUUAAUGGCGAGACACCAAACCACCGCCGCUCCCCUGCAGGGUGUGGUACCAAACCGUCGACCCCCGUUAAUGGCAAGACACCAAACCACUGCCGCUCCCCUGCAGGGUGCGGUACAAAACUGUCGACGCCCGUUCAUGGAGCGACACCAAACCACCGCCCCUCCCCUGCAGGGUGCGGUACAAAACCGUCGACGCCCGUUAAUGGCGAGACACCAAAACACAGCCGCUCCCCUGCAGGGUGCGGUAUAAAACCGUCGACGCCCGUUCAUGGUGCGACAACAAACCACCGCCGCUCCCCUGCAGGGUGCAGUACAAAACCGUCGACGCCCGUUAAUGGCGCGACACCAAACCACCGCCCCUCCCCUGCAGGGUGCAGUACAAAACCGUCGACGCCCGUUCAUGGCGCGGCAUCAAACCACCACCUCUCCCCUGCAGGGUGCGGCACAAAACCGUCGACGCCCGUUCAUGGCGAGACACCAAACCACCGCCCCUCCCCUGCAGGGUGUGAUACAAAACUGUCGACGCCCGUUCAUGGCGCGACACCAAACUACCACCCCUCCCGUGCAGGGUGCGGUACAAAACCGUUGACGCCCGAUCAUGGUGAGACACCAAACCACCGGAUUUGA